AUGAAGUUCUCCUUGGUGGCACUGUUAACCCUGGCUGGGGUUACUGUUGCCGAUUUGGAUCCCAUCGUCAUCAAGGGCUCCAAGUUCUUCUAUUCCAGCAACAACACUCAGUUCUUUAUGCGUGGAGUUGCCUAUCAAAGGGAGAGUACGAGUAGCAGUGGCUACGCUGACCCUCUCGCCGAUGUCACCGCUUGUGAGCGUGACGUGCCUAUCAUGAAGGAGCUGCGCACCAACGUUAUCCGGACCUAUGCCAUCAACGCCACUGCUGACCACUCGGCUUGUAUGAAGCUCUUGUCGGACGCUGGGAUUUACGUCAUCUCCGAUCUAUCCGAUCCCAAUCUAUCGAUCGAUCGAAACGAUCCUUCGUGGAAAACGGAUCUCUUUGCCCGAUACACCAGUGUUGUCGAUGAACUUGCCAAGUAUAACAAUACUAUUGGCUUCUUCGCGGGAAAUGAGGUUUCUAACACCAUCGCUACUUCCGACGCCAGCGCUUUCGUCAAGGCUGCUGUUCGCGAUACCAAGAAGUACAUCAAGAAGAAGGGCUAUCGCCCUAUGGGGGUGGGAUAUGCUACCGCCGAUGUGUCCGACAUCCGGGCGGACAUGGCCGACUACUUCAACUGCGGAGACAUCGACGACACGAUUGACUUCUGGGGAUACAAUAUUUACUCGUGGUGCGGGGAUUCCAACUACGUGGAAUCUAAAUACCAGGAUCGCACAGAGGAGUUUGCCAACUACUCCGUCCCUGUCUUCUUCGCCGAGUACGGUUGCAACCAGGUCCAGCCCCGCGAAUUCACCGAGGUGAAGGCCCUGUAUGGCGAGACUAUGGCUAGUGUCUGGUCCGGUGGCAUUGUGUACAUGUACUUCCAGGAGGCCAACGACUUCGGCCUCGUUUCCGUUGUCGAUAGCACCAGUGUCCGCACAAUGAGCGACUUCAGUUACUAUUCCAACGAGAUCGCCAGCGCCAAUCCCACUGGUGUCAACAAGGCCUCCUACACUCCCACCAACACCGCUCUGCGAAGUUGCCCUACCGUCGGGCCCAACUGGGAAGCCGAAUCCUCCCCUCUGCCCCCUAUUGCGGAUAUCGACCUGUGCGACUGCAUGUACGAUGCCUCCGCCUGCGCGGUCGCUGAUUCUCUGGACUCGACGAAGUACGCCAAGCUGUUCGGCACCGUCUGCGGUAACACCGACUGCAGCGGACUGGCAGCCAAUGCUACGACCGGCGAAUACGGUGCUUACAGCAUGUGUUCGACCAAGCAGCAGCUUACCUUUGCUUUGAACAAGUACUACAUUGAGCAGAACCGUGCUGCUGGUGCUUGCGACUUUGACGGAUCUGCAUCCAUCAAGGCCGUUACCAGUGCUACGGGCACUUGCUCUACACAGAUGAUGGAGGCCGGUAUCGCUGGGACCGCAACUAUCACGACGCAGAACACUGGCACUGGUCGCUCUCGCUCUGCUUCCUCGACGGGCUCGUCGACGGGCUCGUCGACCAAGACUAGUAGCGGCGCUAUCAGCGUGCAUUCCAGCUCUUCCUUCGGCUCUUUCCAGGUGGUUGCCUCCAUUGCGACCGCACUCCUGGCAGGUGUUGGAAUGAUCGCUCUGUAA